CACUCUUCCCCACGGCAGUCACAUCAAUAGAGGGCAGAAGCAUCAUGGCCGACCAAGUUCCGCGGCGCCAGAGUCCAUCCAUAGGCAUCCACAGGGAACUACCGAGUGGGCAACAGUCGCAGCACAACAAUCCACAGCGACGUAUGUCCGACCACGUGUAUCCCAAUCAUCAUGCUGGUCGACGAAGCUUAGACGAGAAUAGUGCCAACAGCUUGGACGUGGACAUGGGGUACGGAAGCGACGGCGGCAGCAACGGUCAGCAACACAGACAUCAUCCAGUACCCGUGAACUUGCAACAGCAUGUCGGCCGUCUGCCAUUCUCCCUCCUCGCUCCUCCUCCACUAUCGUUAUCGUCCGAGGGAGCGUCAUCCCACUCGUUGCCCAACAUGCAUCGAUCUCCAUCCGAGCAGCGGCUCCCCGCACAACAACACAACAGCUUCAAGCUGGACCCGGUCACGAAUGGCAACCUGAACCUGAACCUCAGCAUGAACAUGGAUAUGUACGCGAUGAAUGUCGUGGAGGAAGGCCGGCGUGUAGUCCGCGCGUUCCUCCAGUCGGCGAAAUGCUACGACGUGAUCAAGAACAGCGGCAAGGUGGUCGUGUUCGACGUCAAGAUCCCCGUGAACUUGGCCUUCUUUGCCCUCGUGGAGCACCACAUCAAGUCGGUGCCGCUGUGGGACGCCGACGCAGGGCGGUUCGUGGGUAUGUUCACCGCCACGGACUUUGUCAACAUCCUGCGGCACUUCUACCCGCGCGGGUCCAUGGCGGCCGUCGCCGAUCACAGCAUCGCGUCGUGGAAACACAUGAGUGCGGCGCUACACCUGUCGCCACCCGAGUUCGAUUCUUCGCAGAUGAUCUACAUCUCGCCGGAAGCGAGCCUCUUUGACGCGUGCGUAUCCCUCCAGCGUCAUCGGCUGCAUCGACUCGCCAUCCUCGAUACUGCGCAGAACUCGGUGCUGUCCAUCGUCACCCACGCUGGCAUUUUGGAGUACUUGGUGUCGACGUUUCGAGAACAGCGGCGACUGUUUGACCAGAGCAUUGCCGACCUUGGCAUUGGCACGUUUACAAACCUUGUCACAGUUCCCGAAGAUAUGCCGCUAAUUCACGUCUUGCAUGCCCUCAUGGAGCGGCGGAUAUCUGCCGUGCCGAUUGUCGACGCGACCGGCGCCGUCAUGUACCUCUACUCGGUCUCGGACGUAACGGUAUGCCAUGCUGGGUGUCUGUGGACCUACUCACUCGAUUCGAACGUGUCUUGUGUUGCUGAUUCAUACACUUUACCAGGAACUGGUAAAGGACCGAGCGUUGUCGCAGCUGGAUGCGCCAGUGGGGGAGAUUCUACGGGUGCAAAUGGCCGAGGGCGUGCUGGGAGACAAUUUGCACUUUUGCUCGACGCAAGACACGCUGCACAUGAUGUUUGAAAAGUUUGCGGCCACGAAAGCCCACCACUUGGUCUGUGCCGACGAAAGCAAUCGCUGUGUCGGGAUUGUCGCGCUCAGUGACUUGUUCAACUACUUUCUCCAAUAGUAAUCCAACUCACACAAAUACUAGUUAGUACCUGAUCAUGGAUGACCUAAACACCUCUCGACAUGCGGAAACCAG